AUGUCGAAGAUCGUGCGCUCCAUAAAAAACGUUGCCAACGGCUACUCCGCCACCCAAGUGCUUGUGCGCAAUGCCACCCUGAAUGACCCGCUGGGCCCAACCACCUACGACAUGGAGCAGAUUGCCCUGGCCUCGUUCAACUCGCAAACAGAGUUUUUGGAAAUCAUGGACAUGCUCGACCGCCGCCUCAACGACAAGGGCCGCAACUGGCGCCACGUGGCCAAGUCCUUGACUGUGUUGGACUACCUUGUGCGCUUUGGCUCCGACAAAUGCGUGCUUUGGCUGAAGGACAACCUCUAUAUUGUGAAGACACUACGCGAGUUUGUGCACUUUGACGAGGCCAACAACGACCACGGCGCGCUCAUCCGGGUCAAGGCCAAGGAGUUGGUGGCCUUGUUGCGCGACGACGAGCGGCUCGCCACCGAGCGCCGCUUGGCUCAGCGCUCCCGCUCCCAGCGCCCCCAGAGGCCGCCUCAACGGAACGACCGCCCGUCGGACCCCUACGACGCCGACUUGCAGCGUGCCUUGGAGAUCUCGAGAGAGACCGCCGAACGCGAGCUGCACAACCGCCCGGCGGGCCCCGACGAUACCGAGGACCCAGACUUGCAAGCCGCCCUCAAGCUCUCCCUCGAGGAAGAAGAGAUGCGCCGCUUGCGCAGCCAGCUGAACCUGCAGAACGAAAACUUAUUGGAUUUGGGAGACACUCUGCAGUUCCAGCAACAGCCUCAAUACUACCAGCCCGUGCAGUAUGUGCAGCCCACCCAAUUCUUCCAGCCGCAGCAGACUCUGUACCAACAGUUCGAUAUGUUCGGCAACCCAAUCCAGCCCACUGCCGGUGGUUUCUACCAGAACAUGACUUAUGGCCAGUUUGGCGAGCCGCAACCCGUGCAGUCCCAGCCUCAGAUCCCGCAGUAUACUGGCUUCAACGUCGCUGCGAACCCUCAAGAGAGAUUAACGCCGCUCAAGACUGGCUCAAAUAACCCCUUUGCCUUGCUGAAUGACUCAGCUCGCCAGUCUGAGCAACAGUCUCAGCAGCUGGCUCAACAAGCACAGCAACAAGCACAGCAACAAGCACAGCAACAAGCACAGCAACAAGCACAGGUACAGCAGCAGCCUUCAAGGUAUAACGAAACGCACGAGCUUAACAACCUCUUAGCUUCAGGGACGGGAUUGGACACAUUUGGUAAUACCGGUGCAACCCGUAUUCCACAUCAGCACACCAAGACAGGCACUUUUAUGAACUCGAGUGGUACUGGAUACAAUAAUGCCAUUAGUGACCACAGGGUAAGCUCAAACGCAACGGGGAACCCAUUUUUGAACACGGGAAUUGGUAACACUGCUAACACUGCGAACAAUAACACCCCGAAUCCUCGCAUAGAUGCCGCACAUACCGGAUAUGGCUUCGGCAAUUCUAAAGAGGAGCCUAGCUUGAUAGAUAUCUAA